AUGCCAUCUCCUAUGGAAGUUACAAUCAUCUCCAGAGAAACCAUUAAGCCUUCUUCACCAACACCCCAUCACCUCAGGGCCUUCAAGCUCUCCCUCUUGGAUCAGCUCGUUCCUUGUUGCUACACCCAAGUCCUCCUUUUCUAUCUCAUCGACGGCUUCCAUGGCCAAUCAAUCGAAACCUCCCAUAUCUCAACUAGGUUGAAGGAUUCUCUAUCUGAAACCCUAACUCACUUCUACCCUCUAGCUGGAAGCAUCGGUGAUGAUGAACUUCAGAUUGACUGUAAUGAUGAGGGUGUGCCUUACUUUGAAGCUAGAGUUGACUGCAACCUCUCAGAGUUUCUCCAAGAACCUGAGCUUGAGUUAUUAAAUCAAUUUUUUCCUUGUGAUCCUCUUAAUACUCCUCCAAUGGCUAAGCUUCAUCUAGCUAUGAUCCAAGUUAACAUCUUUAAUCGUGGGGGAAUCGCCAUUGGUGUGUGCCUUUCUCAUAAGAUUGCCGAUGGGGUCUCCAUCAGUGCUUUUCUCAAAGCUUGGGCCGCAAUCGCUCGGGGCUGUUUUGAGGAGUACCCCAGUUUUGAAGCAAAAUCACUCUUCCCACAAAAUGAAUCACUCCCACAAGACUACUCCAUGGUUCUAGGAAAAUGCUUGAUCAGAACAGGCAAAUGUGUUACCAAGAGGGUUGUGUUUGAUGCAUCUGCCAUAGCCGCCCUUAAAGCCAAAGCCUCUGUAGACUGCACCCGAGUCGAGGUGGUGUCCGCCUUCAUAUGGAAGCGUGCCAUGGCCGCUGCCAAGCAAAAACUUGGAUUCCAAAGGUCUUCCAUACUCACCCACGCAGUGAACUUGAGGAAAAAAACCAUCCUAUCGUUGCCAGAAUCCUCCAUGGGAAACCUCUUCUGGAUAGCAAUCACAGAAGGCAGGGUUGAUGAUGAAGCUGAACUGGACCUCUUGGUUGAUAAAACAAGAAAGGCUAUAUCAAAAAUCAGCUGCGAUUUUGCGAAGAAGCUACAGGGUGAAGAAGGCUUUGCAGUGGCUUUUGAACAUGUUAAAGAGGUAAAAGCAGCGUUUGAGGAAGAUGGAGUGGACUUCUAUGGGUUCAGCAGUUGGUGCAAAUUUGAAGUGUAUGAGGGUGAUUUUGGAUGGGGAAGGCCUAUAUGGGUGAGUAGUUUCAGUGGAAAAGGAUCAGUGUACAAGAAUUUGAUUUUUUUCAUGGACACUAGAUGUGGAAAUGGGAUUGAAGAAUGGGUGACUUUGGAUGAAGAGGAGUUGGGGAUUUUGGAAUGUGAUCCUGAGUUUCUUUCAUUUGGGUCCAUGGAUCCCAGUCCUUUGAAGUUGGCUCAUUUUGGGCAAGUUUGA